CCGAUAUGUUCUGCUAGCCACUGGAUUUUAUAUAAAAGGAUGUCCUUGGAAAGUUUUGGCAAUUGUGUGAAGAGCCUUCAAACUGAAAAUAUGAACAGACACCAGAAAAUUUGCAUACUCAUGUUGAGUUUAGCGGCCCUUGCAGAGUUCAGCUCAUCAUCUAAACGGGAAGGUCGAACAGGAGGUCUUCACAUACCAGAAAAGAUUAUUGGCGGAGUGAUUGACAUCGUCCAAAGUCACAAGAACAAACCGAUUGCAGGCACUCAGCCUACCUAUCCCCUUAACCAACAAUUUAAUCAACAACAAUACCCCCAAUACCAGCAAUGGAACGGCCAAUCAACCUUCCAGAAUCAAGGAUUCCAAACCCAACAGCCGUUCCAAGGCACACAGCAAGGGCAAGGUCAAUACAAUUACCAAAACGGUUAUAAUCAAGCAGGUACCUAUCCCCAAGAUGGUGGAAAUUAUAAUAACCAUGCUUAUCCAGCUGUAUCCGGCCAAGGUUUUAACCAAGGACAAAACCAGCAGGGACAAUACCAAGUAGUGUACCAAAAUCCUAAUCAAUUCGGACAGCCCAAUAAUCAGUUCCAGAACACACAGUCCGGUUACUAUACAGGUCAAAAUCAAUAUCAGGGAAGUUCGUCCAGCUUCCAGGGACAAUCGGGACAAACCCAAGGGCCAGGAGCUAGCGGGUCAGGCCAAUUUAAUCAAGGUUUCUUGGUGUCCGGUGGUCAGUCGGGCAGUGGUAAUGGGCAAGGACCAACCUGUGUUUGCCAAGCUUGGACCAAGCCUCAACCAGUUCAUGAUGUUUUGGCUGAUAGCCCAGCAACGGAAAAAAGUGAAAAGAAAGAAGAAAUGUCUUAAUAAAUUAUGAAUAGUUAAUUUAUUUAUAUAGUGCAUUUACAGAGCUUGAAUAUUAUUUAUUAAUUUAUUAAAGUUUUUAAUCUUCAUACU